CCAGUGAUGCAUCAGGCUUUACUUGUUCCCGAAGUCCUCCUGGAGAUAUUCGCCUAUGUGAACACAAUACCAUAUACUCAAAUAACAUCGACCCAGAAAUUGCUUGCAGCGCUUGCAAGGACAUGCAAAAUCUUCCAUGAGCCUGCGAUGGAUUUGUUGUGGAUUGAAAUCCAUGAGUUAGAACCACUGCUAGGCUGUGUAGCGAGGCUACAUCCAC